AUGGACCAGUCAUCGAGCGUCCCAGACCAGAUCUUCCUCCGGCCUCAUCAAGAGAAUAUAUACACCCUCCUGAACUCCUCCCACUACACCUGGACCAUCCUAGCCCUCACCACCCUCCUAACCGCCCUCACCUCCUACACCAUCUACCAACUCCACUUCCACCCCCUCGCCUCCCACCCCGGCCCCCUCCUCGGCCGUCUAACCCAACUCUACGACCUCUACCACGCCUACAUCGGCGACAAACACAUCCUCUUCCACCACUUACACCAGAAAUACGGUCCCAUCGUGCGUUUCUCCCCCAACUCCCUCUCCAUCAAUGAUCCAGCUGCUUUGAAGACAAUCUACUCCCACGGCGCAAACGUGCAGAAGUCCGUCUUUUACAAAUGUUUCCGCGCGGCGCCACAAGCUAUCAGUACCCUUCUCGCGACGGAGAAACAGCACCAUGCGAGGAAACGGAGGAUUAUGGGCCAGGCGUUUUCGGAGGCCGCGUUGAGGGGGUUUGAAGCGUUUGUGGUGGGGCAUGUGGAGGAUUUGGUGGGGAGGAUUGGGGAGGUUGUGGGGUCUUCUUCUUCUUCUUCGAGGGGACAGGAGGGAGAGAAGUGGAGUGCGCCGUUGGACAUGGCGAAUUGGUGUAAUUGGCUUGUAUUUGACAUCAUGGGUGAUUUAGUGUUUGGUCGUUCAUUCGGCACGCUGGGAGAGAAACCUGAGAAUCGAAGGGGGAUUUUCUUGCUGGGGAGAGCGGCGAGGAGGAAUUACACGAUUGCUGCGAUGCCGAUGUUGUUGUAUACGGGUUUGGAGAAGGUGUUGCCGAUUUUGCGGGGACUAUAUCUGGAUCGAUGUCAGUAUUUGGCGUUUGGGAAGAAGCAGGUUAUGGAACGGACGAAGGAGGGCGCUGGUUCGGCGGAGCCGGCGAGACGGGAUAUUUUCUCGUUUUUGUUGCAUGCGAAGGAUCCGGAGGAGGGGGAGGGGAUGCCUAUGCCGGAAUUGUGGAUGGAGGGUAAUACCCUCAUCGUUGCUGGGUCGGAUACUACCUCUACAACCCUCGCCGCCGCCCUCCACUACCUCCUCCACAACCCCCACACCCUCCACCGUCUCGAAUCCGAAAUCCUCAGCACCUUCUCCUCCCCCUCCGAAAUCGCCAUGGGUCCCAAACUCCAAUCCUGCACCUACCUCCGCGCCGUUCUCGACGAAACCCUACGCAUGACACCCGCGGUAGGCGGCCUUCUCCCGCGAGAAGUCCUACCCGACGGUCUUUCCAUCCCCUCCCUCGAUCUGCACCUCCCAGCCGGCGUCGACGUGGGUGUUCCGAUCUACGCUAUCCAUCAUCACAAAGACUACGUCGUUGACCCGUUCGUUUUUGAUCCGGAGAGGUGGAUUAGGGAGGAUCAUGCUCAGGAUCGGGAGAAGUUGAUGAGCGUGUUUAAUCCGUUUUCGAUUGGGCAUCGAGGGUGUUUGGGGAAACCGUUGGUGUAUAUGGAGUUGGGGAUUGCGGUUGCGAGGUUGGUGUGGGAGUUUGAGAUGAGGUUGAGUGAGGUGCAGCGAGUGAGUGGGUUUGUUGAGAGGGAUGUGAGGAGGGGAAGGAGGGUGGAGGGGGAGUAUCAUUUGUUGGAUUGGUUUAUGAGUCGGAAUGAGGGACCGCGGGUGGAGUUUCGGAGGAGGGAGCGGUGA